AUGAAAACUAGUGACGACCUAGAACUUAGUGAAGACGGAGAAAAGGCCGAGCACCUUUCACAAUUUUUUAAGUCCAUCUUUACGAAGGAGAGAGAAUUUCUCCCUCCCGACUGCGACAUAGUGGACGUGCCAACGAUUGAGUACGUCUCUUUCGCCGAAACUAUUGUUUGCAAAGAACAGUUAAAGCUGAAUAAGUCAAAAUCACCUGUCCUGAAUGACAUACCGCCCAAUUUGUUGAAGGUGCUUGCUGGAGAACUAUUUAAACCGCUGGCCAUGCUCUUUCAAACUUCGUUCGAAGCAGGCUAUUUGCCCGCCGAUUGGAAAUCCGCAAGGAUCACGCCGAUUUACAAAGGCGUCAGCAAGGUCUUAGCAAACAACUGCAGACCAAUCAGCCUUACUUCACUUUGCUGCAAAAUCAUACAAAAAACAAUUAAGCGAGAAAUAUUGCACUUCCUAGAAGAGCAUAAUCUGCUAUGCGAUGCCCGGCACGGAUUUUGUAGAGGCAGAUCAUGCGUGAAAAAUUUACUUUAUUGUUAAGAUCGCUGGACCCGGGCAGUCGAUUGCGGCAAUGCAGUGCGCGCAGUCUAUGUCGACUUGAAGAAAGCAUUCGACAGUGUACCCCAUCAGCGUCUCCUGUACAAAUUAAACCGAACAGGUGGAUACAACGUUUCUUGAUCGGUCGCUCUCAGAUCGUCCCCGUCAGUGAUAGGCAGUCGGCGGAGAUACUGGUUGAAAGCGGUGUUUCACGAGGCUCUGUUCUGGGCCCUACCCUAUUCAUUAUAUUUGACAACGAUUGCGUCAGUGAACUGAAUUGUGAUGUCGCCAUGUUCGUUGAUGAUGGUAAACUUUGGAGCGUCAUCCGAACUGAAUUGGACGAAGAGCGCUUGCAGGCAGACCUGACCCGACUCGAGAAAUGUUCAGAGGACUGGGUUUUGCCGUUUAAUGUGACUAAUUGCAAUGUUUUGCGAGUCGGCAGGAUCCGAUUUCUAAGCCGGAAGGUUAACUGCCUAAAUAACAUACCAUUGCAGGAGGUAGACGCCCAGAAAGACUUGGGUGUUUGGGCAACUGCUUCUCUAAAACCGCCGCUCCAGUGCUCCAAGUUAGCCAAGUCCGCGAUGUCAGUCCUUUAUCUUGUCAAGAGAGCUUUCUCUACCUUCGAUGAGGAGUGCUUUGUUAAAGCCUUCCGGAAUUUCGUACGGCCACAGGUAGAGUUUGCUAUUCAGGCGUGGAAACCCUGGACCUCUGAAGAUCUCAGCAUCCUUGAGAAAGUUUAAAUGCGGGCAACCAAACUCGUAAGUGGAUAGGGUUCACUAGCCUAUGAAAAACGAUUGUCCAAUUUCGGCCUUUUUCCACUGAGUUACAGACAGCUAAGAGGCGACCUUAUACAAACAUUCCGUAUACUGCGCGGCCACGACUGCUGUCUCGUACUUGCUGAUUUCUUUCAGUUAGAGACCACAACGAACCUCCGAGGUCAUACACUUAAACUACGCGUAACUGGCGCCAAGCUGGACAUUCAGAAGUUCAUCUUUUCAAACGGAGUGAUCGAGGCCUGGAAUGCUCUGCCUACAGAUGUCGUCAUGUCCACCUCCGUCGAGGCUUGCAAGCGCAAGUUGGACCAGCGUACCACCAAACGUCAUAAUGCCACCUGA